GCGGAGCAGAGAGCAGUCGAAGCCCGCAGAAGCCUCGCUCCAGUCCGCAGACAGUAGGGAGAGGGAGAGCCAGGCGGACUCCGUGUUCCGGGGAUUCGCACGCUUCAGAUAGGAUCGAUCCGAACCGGAUCUCUCGCGGCAGAGCUGGAUCCCUGUGGAAUACAGACAUGAGAAGAGGCCGGCGGUGACUCAUUGAUAAAGAACUCGGGCUUGAAGCGGACGGAUGCAUGAAUGAGCGCCAGCCACCGGAUCUGGACCGAGACGAACCCAGAUUGAUUUGAGCGUUCGUUGACAGCAGUAUCAUGGGCUUUUAAACCGACGCUGAAGGGACGCGUUCUUGAAGCCACUGUUGUUCGAGUCGCCUCAACUCUCAACUGCGUAUAAAUGCUUGACAAGCUCAAGCCAGUGGUCCAGCUCGACUCGGUCAUGGCGAUCAGCAAAACGGUGGGCUGGCUCCGGGAGCAGCUGGAGACCCGCAGGGACGGCCUGCUGGUGAUGGACUGCCGCGCUCAGGAGCUCUUCGACUCCUCGCACAUCGACACGGCCAUCAACGUGGCCAUACCGAGCCUCAUGCUGCGCCGGCUCAAGAAGGGCAACCUGCCCGUGCGAUCGCUGCUCUCGGACGGAGAGGACCGCGAGAAAUUCGUGCGGCGGUGCAAGACGGACACGAUCGUGCUGUACGACGAGUACAGCCGGGAGUGGAACGAGAACGUGGACGGAGGGUCCGUGCUGGGUCUGCUGCUGAGGAGGAUGAAGGAUGAAGGCUACAAGGCCUAUUAUCUGGAGGGUGGCUUCAGUAAAUUCCAGGCCGAGUUCCCCUCCUUGUGUGACACCAACCUGGACGGCUCCUCCAACAGCAGCUCUCCCACUUCCCAGGUGUUGGGCCUGGGCGGUCUCCGGAUCAGUUCAGACUCGUCUGACAUCGAGUCUGACAUUGACCCCAGCAGCGCAACAGACUCAGACGGCAGCCCGCUGUCCAACCCUCAGCCCUCCUUCCCAGUGGAGAUCCUGCCUCACCUUUACCUGGGCUGUGCCAAGGACUCCACCAAUCUGGACGUGCUGGAGGAGUACGGCAUCAAGUACAUCCUCAACGUCACCCCCAACCUGCCGAACCUCUUUGAGAAUGCCGGGGAGUUCAAGUACAAGCAGAUCCCCAUCUCGGACCACUGGAGCCAAAAUCUCUCCCAAUUCUUCCCCGAGGCCAUCAGUUUCAUCGAUGAAGCGCGGGGUCAGAAGUGCGGCAUCCUGGUCCACUGCCUGGCCGGCAUCAGCAGAUCAGUCACCGUCACAGUGGCUUACCUGAUGCAGAAGCUCAACCUGUCCAUGAACGACGCUUAUGACAUCGUCAAGAUGAAGAAGUCCAACAUCUCCCCCAACUUCAACUUCAUGGGUCAGCUUUUGGACUUUGAACGCACCCUGGGUCUGAAGAGACCCUGUGACAAUCGCAUGGCGCCACCAAGCCAGCCUCUGUACUUCAGCACGCCCACGAACCACAACGUCUUCCAGCUGGACCCCCUGCAGUCCACGUGAGGUCCGCCGUGAGCUUUCCUGACUCCUCUGUCGGCCAAGAAAGCCGCCGCAACACCUCUUUCUCUUUUUCGGCUGCUCGCUGUGUGAUCAGACUCCUAUCGAUUCACCGUAUGAAGGCGAGUGCUGCUCCAGCGUGGGUCCAGGAGGGCAGGCCGGGCCUGGCCGUGCUGCCGCUGCUCUACAGUUGAAGAGGACGCACGUCUUUAUCAAAGUGCUGAUGCUUUUGUCAAAGAAGAAUGUAGUGUGCCAAAGAGACACGGUUGUUCAGACUGGACAAUGAUUUAAACCCUUUUGGUUUGUUUUGGGGUUCGGCACAAUUUCCCCAAGCAUGAAAGUUGCCUGUGUCUUCUGUGAAGACUUGUCAGCGGGAGUCAGAGCGCCCCAGCGUUUGAUGGCAUGCAAUGGACUCCAUUUUUAUACCUGUGGAGUCUGUUCAACACAUUUAUACGUGAUGUACAUUUGUAUCUAAGAGACUAUUCAGCUGAAGCCUUGCUCUGUACCUUCCAGUACAUCAAGAUUCUCUUCUUUAAUAUACCGUUUUUACAUAAAUGUAUAUCAGUCAGACCGUUGAUGAUGCCAAAAAUCAUGUAGGCUUUUUCAAAAGUUGUGUAGAAAUGUGUACACGUCAUAUUUAAUAACUGCUUUAGGUGUCCUUAUUGCACCAGUCCUCUCACAAAUCAAAGUUUGUUGUUUGCCUUACUCCUGCGCUCCAGCACGGUUCUUAUUCACUCGACGAAUGGCUUUGGUUUUGGGACACAACCAAACUUCUAGCCAUUAUCUUGGCAUCAGACUCUCCAGCUGGUGUGGUUCAUGCAGCAGGGGUGGCUUGCCAUGAGUCUCUCUGAGGGCCAGUGUGAGUGGUCCUGGAUGCACAGAGCAGGAGGCCACACCUCUUCAGGGAAAUGCAGUUUUUAUUCGUCUGAUGAGAGAAGAGGAGUCUCUGCUCGAGGAAGCCAUAUGCUUGGUGACUUUCAAACCCUCCCCUCCCCUCUAUUAUGAAUGUAAAGAAAUGAUAAGUUAUUAAUAAAUUGCUAUUUUGUCUAAAA